AUUUGCGACGCAAAAGCCUUGAUUAGAGUAUCUACGCACAUCUGAACACCUACGCAUUACUGCAGCUAUUUCCGCGCAGCUAACACAUACACGCACACAAGUUGACCCUGUUCAGUGUCACGAAGGGAAAAAUCAAUUGUCGCUGCACUGUGACUCUCAAACUGUUGCCAAGGCAGCGACUUUGAAAGUUGCAAAAACUGUUGAGAAGGUUGUCAACUUUCGCUUCUCGUAUUUCGCGCAAUUGUGACGUCAAAUGAGCUGCGCUGCGACUCAAGUUUUAUUUGCAUGAAUCUAACCGCAGGCCAACCCACUUCGAGUCGCCCGGCGCCUUGCACGAUUUUGCAAUAUUUAAACAAACCAUUUAUAUUACGACGUGACAUAUGCUAGUUGAUUUAUAGGUAUUUUGCAGUAUUGAAUCGUUAGACUUUACUCAUCAUCUCAGAUUUAGGAUUGAUUUAAACUGCAAGUCUUGCAAAAAUUAAAAUGUUUUAUCAAAACAAUUGACUUACCAAGUAAACAAAGCUUUCCGGCUGUGAUUUUGACAAGUUUCAGCGCCAUUUCGUAACAAUUUUAAUCACAUGAAAGGUCAUGCGUAAGGUUCAGCUAAUUUAAGUAAAAAUAGCUGUUUUCAACCAUAAAUAUUUAAGUAAAGCCCUCAAAAAUGACCAUGAAUGUACAAAAGUAAAUAUGGAUCGAAAGUUUUCCACGUGACGAGACAUUGCCUUAUUUUAACCCAUGUACGGCAGUUGAGCAUACCCUUAAAAAUGGGAUAGUGGGCUUGUCAUUGAUUGUGUAACAAUAUUAUAUUUAGAGUUCUUCCACUUUCUCCAUACAUAUAAGCAAAUAUCGGACAUUUAUAUUCUAUAGCAAACUCAGCAAUUAAGGCUUCAUAAUUCGCUCCACAUAUCUUCAAAUCCGUAGUCUGUGUAGCAAGUGUAUGUUAUCUUCGGUGUGCCAAAUGUAGACGGCUUUUCUUGUUUGUUUUUAUCUUAGCCUUAUUUGUGCAUCAAAAUUUGCUUAUCUAUGUCAGACAUUUCCGAAUUUUUAAGAGUUCACUUGAUUAAUCAUGCUAUCAUCUCUCUUUAUGCGAGCGGAUGUUUAAUUUGGUGACUAAAAAUAUCAGGUUCCUGAUAUCACGAUUUAUUUAUUUUAUAUAAUCUCCAUAUUCGGUCUAAUGGAAAUUACUAGUAUUUUAGCUUUAAGGUCAAAUCACUUUUAGAAAACAAGCUUUUGCUCCUGCAACCUUCAGAGACUAACCUAUAUAAGUUCACCAAUAAAUUUAUAAGUUCGGUGAAAAAUUGAAUUGACUUAUUUGUCUUCGUCAAGUGGACACAAUUUCUAUUACUUCACAUUGUUGACAAUUUUUACAAAGAACUCUAUUAUUAGCUGAAAAUAAAUUUUAAUGUAUAAUGUAUUUGGGACUCUAUUUGGCGGCCAAUGUACCACUGCCAAUGUCAUCGGAGUCAACCGUGAUUACGCCGUUUCCGAUACCAAUUGCUACUCCAAUGCGAUGCACCAAUAUAAUGAAGAUACAUGCGAGGACGAAGAGGGUAAUUCGACAUCUAUUGAGUCCAUUGCCUCCUCCAACCCACUGAGCGAAGAGUCUGAGUUUGGGGCAAGGCAUCGAUGGCAAGAGAAGUUUGAGCCACGGGCUGUUAAUUCCUCUGCUUAUACGCCCAUCUUUUGCCAGUCUGAUACGCCCCACAAUAAUUUGGCAGAUCACACGCUUAUGUCACUGGGGUAUAAAGCACCUGAUGAAUGGCCGGAGCUGAAGCGCCAAGCGCCAGUCGCCAAGCCACAUCUUUACGAGCUGCUGUCGGAGAUUGUGCAGAAAGAUCGAAAGACUAAUGCUGUGAUAACCAUUGCACAGAGCAGUCUCCAAGUGCAUCUUAUCGUGCUGCAGUGCUUUUCGGGUCUGUUUUGUGAUUUGGGCAACGAUACUGUGAACGUGGAGUUGCCAUCCGAGUGGGUAACGCCCCGUGCGUUUCGGCUUAUUUACGAUUGGAUGAUUGCGGAUGCGCCGCUGUUGUCUCGGCUCGGCUUAUUGGAGGUGUUGCGAGCCGCCAGUUUUCUUAGGAUACCGCAGCUGGAGAGGCAGUGCGAGCACUGCCUGGCACAUGGCAUCACAGAGGAGUCGUCAGUGCUGUUGUAUCUAGAGGCGCGACUGUUGCGCAUGGAACGAGUGCAUCGUCCUUUGCUGCAGCGCGUCGGUCGCUUUUUUCUGACUCUAGUCGCCUCGCAGGAGUUCCUCCAACUGCCGAUGCAUGCGCUUUGGCUACUGCUGAGUUCAAACGGCAUAGGAGUCAACACAGAACUGGAAGUCUUCAUGGCCGCCGUGCGCUGGCUCAAUUUCCAAUGGCCUAAAAGGCGGCUCAUCAUAGCCCAGCUAAUUUCAUGUGUGCGCUUUGCCCUAGUGCCUCCCUGGUUGCUCAUUCGUCUGCACGACCGACACUCCACAUCCAUUGAACUAAAGCGUAUUAUCUCGCAACCAGAGGUGCUGCAGCAGUUACACGAUGGCAUUGGCUACACUACGACACGGCUUUGCUAUGGUUCCGAUCGAGACGCGUUUAUGCUGCAUUUGGAGCGCACUGGAAUGCAGCCGCCGGAGCAGCGCAAUUGGAUCUACGAUCGAGAGUGCAGCUACCACCAUCGACUGCACUGCCAGAUCUCCGAUGAACUCCCAUACGAGGCCUUCAUAGGCUAUCUCAGUUGGCUCCAAACGCAACAUAGAGAUUAUUGGCAAUCGCUAGAGCCGGUGGACGUUUCUGAAGUGUGUCUCUGUUGCCAAACAGCUGCCAAAGAAAUGAAGGAGACCUUUCAUAUUUAAAGAUUUUUAUUAUACAGACUUUUUCUUCCAGCUGUGGAAA